AUGAAAUGUUUGACAGGGACGCAGGUGGUGCAACGCACAGGUCAAGUACCUGGUGAGACGCAGGAGGAGCCCGGCCAGGAGUCAACCCACAGUGCCCAGACCCUCCAAGCUCCACAAGCCCCGCCCUAUGUCAGGCAGUCCGAACAUCGCCGGGUCAUGUGGCCUUCAGCCAAGAAGGAAAGAGAAUGGCUCCAGUUUGAUGAAGACCUGGAUCAAGUCAUUGACGCUACAGCAAGGGGAGUUGCUGACCAGAAGUUGCGGACAAUGUCGGCAAUGAUCGUCAGCAUAGGUGCUGAAAGAUUUGGCAUAAAAGAACAGCAGCCAACCAGACGUCUAGGGGAGCCAAACAGGCGGGAGGUCAAGAUCAGCCAGUUACGGCAGGAGCUUAGACUGCUUGGGCGGCAGUUUAAGCAGGCAAAGGAGGAGGAGAAGGCCGGGCUGGCAGAGCUCCGUAACAUCCUGAGGAAAAAACUCACCACCCUCCGUCGAGCCGAGUGGCAUAGAAGGAGGGGCAGGGAGAGAGCCAGGAGACGUGCAGCUGUCAUCUCCAAUCCCUUUGGCUUCACCAAGAAGACCCUUGGUCAGAAAAGAAGUGGCCACCUUGCCUGCACUGAAGACGAGGUUAACAAGUACCUCAGUGCCACCUACAGUGACAGUGCAAGAGAGAAAGACCUGGGGCCGUGCAGGACAUUGAUAGCUCCGCCAGAACCCACCUCAGUAUUUAACACCAAGGAGCCAACUUUGAAGGAAGUUGAGGAGGUUGUAAAGGCAGCUAGAUCCAAUUCAGCGCCAGGUCCCAGUGGAGUGCCAUAUGUUGUCUACAAGAGAUGCCCUAGACUCUUGAAGCGACUAUGGAGGAUCCUCAAAGUCAUCUGGAGAAGAGGGAAGGUGGCCCAGCAGUGGAGGCAUGCAGAGGGUGUCUGGAUUCCAAAGGAGGAGAGCUCGACUACAAUCGAGCAGUUCCGGAUCAUCUCACUCCUCAGCGUCGAGGGCAAGAUAUUCUUUAGUAUUGUUGCCCGGCGCAUGACGGAGUUCCUCCUGAGGAACAGGUACAUCGACACCUCUGUGCAGAAAGGGGGAGUCCCAAAGGUUCCAGGAGGUUCCCAAAGAUGCAUCGAGCAUACAGGAGUCAUCACCCAGCUGAUCCGGGAGGCUCGUGAAGGCAAAGGAGAUCUGGCAGUCCUUUGGCUCGACCUUGCCAACGCCUACGGGUCCAUUCCACACAAGCUGGUGGAAACCUCGCUUGACCGACACCACGUUCCAGGAAAAAUCAAAGAAGUCAUACUGGACUACUACAGCUGCUUCAGUUUGAGAGUCACUUCUGGAACAGUAACAUCCACAUUCCAUCGGCUUGAGAAGGGCAUUAUCACAGGAUGCACCAUUUCUGUGAUAUUGUUUGCCUUGGCCAUGAAUAUGUUGGUGAAGUCAGCAGAGGUGGAGUGCAGAGGCCCACUAACCAACUCAGGUAUGCGGCAGCCCCCUAUCAGAGCAUUUAUGGAUGAUCUGACAGUGACCACAACAUCAGUCCCGGGCUGUAGAUGGAUCCUUCAAGGCCUCGAGCGCCUCAUCAGUUGGGCCCGAAUGAACUUUAAGCCAGCCAAGUCCAGGUCCCUGGUGGUGAGGAAGGGGAAGGUUACAGACCGGUUUCGCUUCUCAAUAGGGGCCACCGAGAUUCCAUCUGUGGGAGAGAAGCCAGUUAAGAGUCUGGGUAAGAUCUACGACUGCACCCUGAAGAACACCGCAGCACUCCAAGCAACAUCUGAGGAGUUGGGAUCCUGGCUGAAGGCAGUGGAUAAGUCAGGGUUACCAGGGAAAUUUAAAGCCUGGAUUUACCAGCAUGGCAUUUUGCCACGACUCCUCUGGCCGCUGCUGGUCUACGAUGUGCCAAUGACCACCGUCGAGUGCUUCGAGAGGAAGGUCAGCUCCUUUCUACGGAAGUGGUUGGGCCUUCCACGAAGCCUCAGCAGCAUCGCCUUGUACGGGAGGAACAACAAGCUGAAGCUGCCCUUCAGUAGUCUGAUGGAGGAGUUUAUGGUCACCCGAGCAAGAGAGGUGCUGCUGUACAGAGACUCCAGUGACACCAAAGUCUCCUCGGCAGGCAUCGAAGUGAGGACCGGCAGGAAGUGGAGGGCUCAAGAGGCGGUUGACCAGGCUGAGUCCCGCUUGCGGCACAGCGAGCUGGUUGGAAAAGUGGCUUCUGGACGAGCAGGACUCGGGAGUAACCCAAGACCUUCCUACAACAAGACCCAGGGGAAGGAAAGGCGGCUGCUGAUCCAGGAGGAGGUCCGAGCUGGGGUGGAGGAAGCCCGCUGCAGUAGGGCAGUAGGGAUGCGGCAGCAGGGGGCGUGGACCCGAUGGGAGGAGGCAGCUGACCGGAAGAUAACGUGGACAGAGUUAUGGCGAUCUGAGCCACACCGGAUUAAGUUCCUCAUCCAGUCGGUGUACGACGUCCUCCCGAGUCCGUCCAACCUCUUCCGCUGGGGCUUGGCCGAGAACCCACUGUGCCCCCUCUGCCAAAGAACUGGAUCGCUGGAGCAUGUCCUGAGCUGCUGCCCUAAGGCACUGGGUGAUGGUCGUUACCGCUGGCGCCAUGACCAAGUGCUGCGGGUCAUCGCAGAGGCCAUUUGCACAGGGAUCUCCACCAGUAAAGGCCAGCAACCAUCAAGGCAGUACAUCGCCUUUGUUAAGGCUGGGGAGAAGCCCCAGCAGCUCCGGAGUCAGGCAGGGGGGCUGCUGGCAACAGCUCGGGAUUGGCAGCUGAAGGUCGACCUAGGGAGACAGCUCAAGUUCCCGGAGAACAUUGCAGUGACCACACUCAGGCCUGACAUGGUCCUAGUGUCAGAGUCAACAAGACAGGUGGUCCUGCUGGAGUUGACUGUCCCCUGGGAAGACCGGAUGGAGGAGGCCUUUGAGAGGAAGAGGGCCAAGUAUGAGGAGCUGGCAGGUGAAUGCCGAAGCAAGGGAUGGAAGACCCGAUGCAACCCCAUCGAGGUCGGUUGCAGAGGAUUUGCCGGCCAGUCUCUCAGCAGGGCAUUCAAGAUGCUGGGAGUGAAGGGACUGCAGCACAGAAAAGCCAUCAAAAACAUCUCAGACGCAGCAGAGAAGGCGUCAAGAUGGCUGUGGAUCAAGCGGGGCGAUCCGUGGACCACAAAAGCUACCUAG